GAACGCCAGAUUUCCAUGACGUCACAUACCGAGACAUUUAAAACUUGUUAUGUGUUAACGCUGGAGAAUCUGAUAAAUUUACGGCUAAAAAUGGCAGAUAACGAACAUGAGAAGGAAAAUGAGAUGGUGGUGAAGAAGUCUCGUAGGAGUGACCGGCGAUCCUCGAUCCUGAAGGAAUCCAUCGAGAUCGACAACUUUGAGAGGCGUCGGUCGAAGAGAGUCUCGUUCGCCGACACCAACACCAUCAAAGAGUUCCUGGCAACGAUGGGCGCCAGCACAGAAUGGAACAGCACCUAUGAGACUCCCGCCACGCAGGAUUCCUCUAACUUUAUCGACCAGAGUGUGUUGGACAAAUCUGUCAGGUUUAACGACCACAGUGAGAUGGUAGUGGAGUCGCCACCUAUUCUCUCCUCCAAUCAGGUAACAGCAGCUCAGAGGGAUGAUGAUGAUGGUACGUCCACCUUCCUCAUGCAGUUGAUGGGCUCCACUCCCAGCCACACCCAGACACCUGACACAGCCAUCAACACCUACGCCCCUAAGGCUCACGGUACACCACUCGGAGAUGACGACGAAGAACACAACUCGUCGGUCUUUUUGAAAACCAUCAUGGAUAGCAUCCCUCCGAGGUCUCAGCCUGCUCAAAUGACCGACGCGUGUGAGGCCGAUUCACCCGGCGAUGAUACUACUGACCCAGGGAAUUUUCUAGCUGAAUUCCUGGGCAUGAAACCAUCAACCUCCAAACCAGAUAACGUCAUCCACAAACUUGGGGAGGAUGUGGUGACGACCUACAGUGGGAGUAACAUGUCAACGGUAGCCAGAAGUGACAUGACUCAGAAGAUUAGCACAGACAUGGAAGUGACCUUGGUGGGGAGUCAGUUGUUGAAGCUCAACCCAGAUGACAUGACACAGAAGAUUACUGCUGAUAUGGAAAUGACAUGUCCGGCAAGUCAAAUAGCAAAGUUAACUAGACAUGACAUGACACAGAGGAUUACUGCUGAUAUGGAAAUGACAUGUCCAGCAAGUCAAAUAGCAAAGUUAACGAGAGAUGACAUGACACAGAGGAUUACUACUGAUAUGGAAAUGACAUGUCCAGCAAGUCAAAUAGCAAAGUUAACGAGAGAUGACAUGACACAGAGGAUUACUACUGAUAUGGAAAUGACAUGUCCAGCAAAUCAAAUAGCAAAGUUAACGAGAGAUGACAUGACACAGAAGAUGAUUGCUGAUAUGGAAAUGACAUGUCCAGCAAGUCAAAUAGCAAAGUUAACAAGAGAUGACAUGACACAGAAGAUUAUUGCUGAUAUGGAAAUGACAUGUCCAGCAAGUCAAAUAGCAAAGUUAACAAGAGAUGACAUGACACAGAAGAUUAUUGCUGAUAUGGAAAUGACAUGUCCAGCAAGUCAAAUAGCAAAGUUAACAAGAGAUGACAUGACACAGAAGAUUAUUGCUGAUAUGGAAAUGACAUGUCCAGCAAGUCAAAUAGCAAAGUUAACAAGUGAUGACAUGACACAGAAGAUUACUACUGAUAUGGAAAUGACAUGUCCAGCAAGUCAAAUAGCAAAGUUAACAAGAGAUGACAUGACACAGAAGAUUAUUGCUGAUAUGGAAAUGACAUGUCCAGCAAGUCAAAUAGCAAAGUUAACAAGAGAUGACAUGACACAGAAGAUUACUACUGAUAUGGAAAUGACAUGUCCAGCAAGUCAAAUAGCAAAGUUAACAAGAGGUGACGUGACACAAAAGAUUACUACUGAUAUGGAAAUGACAUGUCCAGCAAGUCAAGUAGCAAAGUUAACGAGAGAUGACAUGACACAGAAGAUUACUACUGAUAUGGAAAUGACAUGUCCAGCAAGCCAAAUAGCAAAGUUAACAAGAGGUGACGUGACACAGAAGAUUGCUGCUGAUAUGGAAAUGACAUGUCCAGCAAGUCAAGUAGCAAAGUUAACAAGAGAUGACAUGACACAGAAGAUUACUACUGAUAUGGAAAUGACAUGUCCAGCAAGUCAAAUAGCAAAGUUAACAAGAGGUGACGUGACACAGAAGAUUGCUGCUGAUAUGGAAAUGACAUGUCCAGCAAGUCAAAUAGCAAAGUUAACAAGUGAUGACAUGACACAGAAGAUUACUACUGAUAUGGAAAUGACAUGUCCAGCAAGUCAAAUAGCAAAGUUAACAAGAGGUGACGUGACACAGAAGAUUGCUGCUGAUAUGGAAAUGACAUGUCCAGCAAGUCAAGUAGCAAAGUUAACAAGAGAUGACAUGACACAGAAGAUUACUACUGAUAUGGAAAUGACAUGUCCAGCAAGUCAAGUAGCAAAGUUAUCGAGUGAUGACAUGACACAGAAGAUUACUACUGAUAUGGAAAUGACAUGUCCAGCAAGUCAAGUAGCAAAGUUAUCGAGUGAUGACAUGACACAGAAGAUUACUGCUGAUAUGGAAAUGACAUGUCCAGCAAAUCAAAUAGCAAAGUUAACAAGAGGUGACGUGACACAAAAGAUUACUACUGAUAUGGAAAUGACAUGUCCAGCAAGUCAAGUAGCAAAGUUAUCGAGUGAUGACAUGACACAGAAGAUUACUACUGAUAUGGAAAUGACAUGUCCAGCAAGUCAAGUAGCAAAGUUAACAAGAGAUGACAUGACACAGAAGAUUACUACUGAUAUGGAAAUGACAUGUCCAGCAAGUCAAGUAGCAAAGUUAACAAGAGAUGACAUGACACAGAAGAUUACUACUGAUAUGGAAAUGACAUGUCCAGCAAGUCAAGUAGCAAAGUUAUCAAGUGAUGACAUGACACAGAAGAUUACUACUGAUAUGGAAAUGACAUGUCCAGCAAGUCAAGUAGCAAAGUUAACAAGAGAUGACACGACUCAGAAGAUUGCUGCUGAUAUGGAAAUGACAUGUCCAGCAAGUCAAGUAGCAAAGUUAACAAGAGAUGACAUGACACAAAGGAUUACUACUGAUAUGGAAAUGAGCUCAACGUCAAAAAAUGUAGAUAGCAAAGUAGGUAACUUAAUCCAGAAUCACCCUACUUUAAAGAACUUACUUGAGUGGCACAGAUCAGAGCAGGAGGCAGUAUCAGGUGUGUCAACGGGCAAUGUGUCCUUUAGAACCACAAGCAAUCCAUCUGAUGUUUCCCAACUGGCGUCCCAAACACUGAUAAGCUCAAAAGAAUAUGAUAGGUCUAAUAUCAGUUUGAAAUACAGUGAAGAUAAGUGUAGUGUCAGUGAACCCAGGAAUCAAGAUUGUGGUGCAGAUGUAGCUGAAAUCACUGUGGAACGCGAUGAAUUAAAUCAAUCUAAGACCUUGGGGAAGAGGUCACGUAAGCUGUCCUGCAGAGAUGAACCUUCGUCACCCAAGCGCGCUCUCCUAGAUGUUAGUCAGUGCUCCUCCUCCCACCAAGUCAAUCCCAAUUCUUUAUCCCCAUCACAUACUAACUCCACUCCCUCAUCAGCAGCAUCAACACAGAAUCUUCUUAAGAAUGUUCCUCCUUCACUGACCAGCACUGAGAGUGAGAUAGUAGGAACUGUCUCUCCUAAAGACAAGGAAGGCAACUCCGUCGAUGAAAUGCUGGAUGACAUCAACGUGCCUCUUGUUGAUAUCUCUUGGCCAGCUACAGAGGGCCCAGGCACUGAGACAUCACCACCACGAACGUCAAUGCCAAGUGAGAAAGUGCCUGUCGUUAAGGAACCAAAGGCGGGGAAAUUGAGGAAGCGUGAAUCAUUGGCUGCUGGCGUUGUGGACAAGCUGAGGCCAAUGAUAGCCUCCCUUAUGGAACUUGGCAAUGCUUUUAAUAAUGAAUGUGGUAAAGAAGGAGCGCUGGGGGAAGCUAAGAUACUAAAUAAAAGUAUUAAUGAAUCUCUUAGUAACCUCAGGAAGUGCAAUAAAGAACUUUCCGUCCACAACUCUUCAUUGCAGCAUCUUGUCUCCUCAAUCAACAAUUCACAGACAAAACCAGGAGAUGUAUCCAGUGUAGCUGACUCCAAAUUGAACUUAAGCACACAGUCAGUGGUGUCAUGUACUAGCCAAAGCAAUUCAGUCUGCAAAUUAAACCUGAGCACACUUUCCAUGGCAUCAAAUAUAGAAGACCAAGAACAACUGACAUGCAAUAUCUCUGACAGCGAGGCAUUACAGGCAUCCAAACAGCAUAAUGAAUCCAACACAUCUUUUUCUGGUAUACAAUGUUCAGCUGAACCUCUGGCUGAGGCAGUACAAUACACCCAAGCUGAAGACUGUGAACAAGUCCAACACAACCCAGACUCAAAUGGGGGAAAGAAACUUGAAUCUUCAUCCAUAAUGACGACAGAAGAAGCAGCGGACGACUCCGAGGAGCAGUGUGGUGGUGGCUGUCAUCUCCUCCCAGGCUCUACUCUCUGUAUGCUUCACAAUGGAAGGUCGUGGGUGGUGGAGGGAGUGCAUGAGGAAGGGCGUUGUCUUAAACUGAAGUUCAGUCCACUUUUGUUGAACCUGAAAGGGUCACACUGUGACAAGCAUUGGACCGUCUCUACUGCCGUCUGGGAACCACAUCCCUCCAAGGUUCAAAAUGCGUGCGGACGACUCGUGUUGAACGUGCUGGGUUGUCGCGUGAGUGCCGCCGUAGCCAAGUUGUGUGGACUGGCCCUCUGUGAGAUAGGUGACGUUCUGGGCCAAAUUUAUGCUGCUUACCAAGAUAAUGUGGACUUAAUGCUGGAGCUACAGGAGUUGUCAAUUUCAAACCUGACGGAGUUCCUACAUAACAGCGUGAAAGUGACCUUGUAUAAUUAUAAAGCCCAUUUGAGUGUGGACUUGUUGGUACACUUACAACUGUCAGAGCCAACCCCACACCAUCCUUAUACUCUCCACCCAACAACCACCAUCACCAUCGGCAAUCUCAGGUGUUCCACCAUAGAGGCGGAGAUGGCUGCAGUCAGUCCAGGCUCACAACAGUUGCGACGGCUUGUACAGGCUGUUGAUUUCCUGGUGCAGAGCAUGGCCUAGAUAUGGUUCCUCACUGCUGGUCUUACAGAAGACUCACUGCCCGGUACUUCAGGCUUUGAGUUAAGAAUAGUUACUCACAAACAAUAGUUAUUUGUAGCUAUUUUCUCCUUUGUUUAUAUUUUUCUUUCUUAGAUUUUGCAAGUGUUUUUGAAAAUGCUCAGAUUUGUAUAUAGUCUUUCAUAUAUUUUGUAUAAUGUACAGUAUAUGUAGUUUUUUUUUUUUUGUGAACUGGGUCCAUAUUCAGAUUCUGUAUUUAAAAUAACUUCCUCUGUAACUUUGGUUCAUUUUUUAAAGUCACCUGAAGAUUGACCCCCCUCCCCCAAGCUAAUUUUGCCUGAAGAUUAACCGCCUUAAUGUUAAUCUAACCUAACCUUCAGGCAACAUUUGAGUGAUUAAUCUUCAUGUGAAAUAACUUGAGAACCUAAUCUUUAGGUGAUCCAUUUUCAAUAAUCUCUCUAUACUUUAGUACGAGUUAAUAAGUUACAGUAGUUGUCUUUUAAUUGAGUUUUGAGGAAAAUUUAAUGUAUUUAUAUCUGAGAAUCUGGUUGAUGGAGUUCGUUUGUUUGAUAGGAAAAGAAUUCAUAAGUGGCCGUCAGUUCGCUGAUGUGGUACAACUCACUUGGCAUCGACCAACCAGUUAUUUACUACGAAUUCUAAUGUUUUAAGUUUAGUCAACAUGGACAUUAGAUAAUUUCUUGAUAACUCCUGUAUAUACUGUACGUCAUUGUUUGGUAGAAAUGUGGAAUAUAACUUCUGUACCUGUCUUUCUUAACAUUAAUGAUAAAAUAUAUUAAAUAAUGAUAUUCAGUUCAGGUUUUACACUCGUCCCCGAAUAGGUUGGAGUAUAAUGUUUGGCUUUAGGAUCUCGUCUUGGCUCCCCAUCAAUACCUACUGUAAUUGAUGAUUCAGAACAGCAUUUCAACACAAGUCCAUUGUGAGAGAUUGAAUUCAAAGAAAACCACAUGUUGGGCUGAGAUAAAACCAUAGGGAAAUAAUCAAGAUGUUGAAAGGUAAUUUAAAUAUAAUUAUUACAUACAGUGUACAGUCAUUUCUGCUAUAACGCGUGUUUUGUCAACGCCAAUUUUUGCAAAUUUAGCCGUUCCCAACUUUAUCAACUGGAAUGGACAUUGUCAAGUCCAGCAUAAACAAAUGGAAAUGAAAUUGUAGAAGAAAAGUGCAAGAUUUUAAUG